UGUGUGUGUGUGUGUGUCCCAACAAUAUGAUGACAAAACAAUCAGUGUAGAGGCGAAGAACAAGAAUUUGGAGAGGUCGAGGUAACGAUGUAAAGAAAAUGAGAACCAAUUUGAGCAAGAGCAAAUCUAUCAGACUGGAUUAGAAAAGUUUGACGGCUGACCAAAAAUGGAUUAUGAACCCAAGAAAUCCAAAAAGGGUUUGGUGUCCCCCAUUAAGCGUCUAGUGUGGUCCAAAGCCAGUCGCAGGCCGUCAGAGCGCUGCAGCGUUUACCGGCGUCCCCUACACACCGUCCCCCUCUACCCUCCGGAUUUCCUCAUCCACCCUGAGAGACUCAUCUUCGACUAUGUGGAGAAGGAGGUCAAGUUCCUGGGUCACCUGACCUGGGUGUCGGUCUCGCUCAACCCAUCCAGUCGAGAUGAACUGCUGCAGCUGCUGGACACAGCCAGGCAGCUGAGGGUUCUGCCAUCCAAGACCAGUGUGGAGCAGGACUGCAUCUUGAGUCUGUCCGCUCGCUGUCUCCUGCUGACAUGGCGAGACAACGAGAAGCUCCUGAUGAGGAUUCCCACGCACGAGAUUGCCGCCGCGUCUUACCUGAGAGAUGAUGCGCUGCACUUGCUGGUCCUCAAGACAGGGCUAAACGUGGACACCGUGGUCUCCGGCGACAACAGCCUGGACCGAAAGAAGCCGGCGAGCAUUGACAGUCGACGUCAAACCGUGAGCUGCAACGCCGACCCGCGACCUUCCGGUGGUACGAUGGAGCGGCGCCACACCAUUUGCGGAGUGGACUGGAGGCCGUCACUGUCCAGGAGCAGCCACGACAAGAACCAGAACGUCGACCGAGGAGGAGGAAGCAGCAGCGGCGGGAGUUUAGAAAGGAAACAAGCAGGUGGAAGCUGGGAGAGGAGGCAACCUACGCGUAAAACCGGCGGCAGCUGGGAGAGUCGUCGGCCGAGGCCGGCGAGCGGUGUGGCGCCUGGAGGGGGAGGGAGCUGGGAGAGGCGGCACGGAGGAGGAGGUGGAAGCUGGGAGCGGCGAGGAGGAGGAGGAGGGGGUGCAGGAAGCUGGGAGCGGCGGCAGGCCUGCACGGGGAGCUGGGAGAGGGGCAAGAGCUACGGGAGCUGGGAGAGGAGGAACCACAACCCUCUGGAGCCCACCCCGUGCCCUGAUGCCUACUGCAACCUUGUCAUCUUGGCCGUAGACAACCGGGAUGCCGCGGAGGAGUACUGUUCGCUGAUCUGCCAGAUGUUCCAGAUCAUUUACGGCCAUCAGACUAUUGAGUGCGUGGACAGAGCAGGAUUUCACCACACCAUGCCGGACCGCUACUGGCUGCAGAGAAGUGACAGCUGCCUGACGGACGCAUCGUACAGUUAUGAUCCAGAGUUCAGCUGCUGCAGCUCAUAUGACGGAUCCCAGGAUGCGUUUGAGCUCUACUACAGUGAGACGUAUAGCGAGAGUUCAUCGCCUUCGCUUCAGGACUCCCAUCGCGGUCUGGCUUUGGCCAACGACGCGGAAGAAAGCAAUCCCACCCUAGCGCUCAUGCAGGAGUACAUGAUCACGCUGAGGAACAAGCUGAGUGCUGUGGAGCUGCAACACUUUGCAACCUUUUUGCGAGAAUACAGGCUGGGUUCGGACAUUGGACACUUCUGCUCCGAGCUGCUGCAGCUGUAUGGAGACAACCGCAAGUUUCUGCUAAUGGGCAUGCGGCCGUUUAUCCCGGACAAGGACGUGGGUGUCUUCGAGAGCUUCCUGGAAAGUAUUGGAAUCCGCGAAGGUGGAAUUUUGACCGACAGCUUUGGACGCAUCAAGCGCAGUAUGAGCAACACGUCGGCCACUGCCAUGAGAGGCAGGUACGACAGCUGCUCUCUGACGUCGGGGUCUCAAGAGUUCAACCGCCGCAUCAGUGACAUCACACACGACAUCCAAGCUCUUGGCUUUGGGGAAGCACAUGCUGAUAUUGAAGAGGAGGAUUACUACCUGUGAUCCAAGUAGAUUCCUCAACCUCAAUAGUCUAGAAUCAUCAAGUAGAGUCUUGUACGGUGAACUUGCGGCCUCGCAUGUCUGCCUUCCAGUUCUAUGGUCCCGGGGUCCCAAUGUCAGCUGCGACUUUUCUGUAUGGAGUUUGUAUGUUUGCCGGACUCCGCUUUCCUCCUACAUUAACCAAAACAACAACAACAUGUUAGCAUGUUAGCGUCAUCGAAGACUCUCAAUUCCAUAAACCCAGCACACCACAAACACUUGUGGAGACAAAGAGGAGAUUUAUUCUCUGCCCUCUUAAUAUGUAUAUAUUUUUUAAUUUAGGUUCAUGUUUCAAUUUUUAAAAAUAUAACAUAAACAUGAAAUAUUUUACAAUGUGAGACCAUGUAGGGAUAGCGGUAGUGUUUUAAAUCCCGCUUUCUUUAGUCUUAUAUUCGUCUUUCAGUGGCAGCGCAAAAUAAGGGAGUAAAAUAUCUCAACACAAUAUCUAAGACAAGGCUUGUGAUAAAAGUAAAUGAAUAAAUGUUUUUUUAGUUAACACUCCACGGUGAGCCGCCACAAUGCAGAGCACGCUUCACAACCUUCCCAUGGUGCAUUGCUUCCCCACCGCCAGGCGUGUGACCUCUGUCAGUUUCACUGAGCAUCCAGCCAGAGUUGUGAUGUAAUAGGCUCGUUUCUUUGCUCGUACAGUCAAAGGAAUAUCGGGGGGUGCUCGUUGCGCUUUUGCUCGUGUGACAGCAGAGUGAUGAAAUGAGAGCAAUGUUCAUCAGUGGAUUAGAGCUCUGUUAUUGAUCUUUGUAAUCUGUACCUGUGUGCUGGUAUUAAACGCACCAUGAGCCCAUGACGCAGAAUUGCGCGCAGUACUUAUGCAGUGCAUAAUAUGGUUCCAUUGGUCAGGUGCCGCACUACAGCAGAUCCGUCUUUCCGUCUUGGGACAGCCUCUCCAGCAAAAGAUUGCUUUUUAAACUUCCCUCUUUGAUAAAGUCACUUGUCAGAACGAGCUCAGGCUUGUCCUUGAAUCAUCUCGCAGUUAUGCGUUCGUAGCGGCAGAGGCGGGCCGGGAUUUUGCCGUGAUGUCCUCAACCAUUUAAUUUUUACAUUUUAUUUUUUGUAUUGGUUUUCAUUUUCACUUUUAUUUUUUAAUUUAGUUUGGAUUUUGGCAGUUUUGGUCCUCCAUAACGUGUGGUGAAAAAGUCAAAGGGUUAAGUGCCAACAUACAGGCCAAGACCACUGGGUGCUGAUGACCCCACAAUACCGCCCCUGGGGUUUCUGUCAGAAGCAGAAGUUGACAUAACAUUGUACAACUACAAAUUUAAUACCCAGAAGAUUCCAAUUGAUGUCAGCUUUGGAUUUAAACCAGCCGUCAGCUGAGAGUUGGAAGGUCACUGGGAGUUCAUUUGUUGUCUUUCAGAUGUGUGCGACCAGAGGGCACGCGUGUGCCCAAACGCUCGUCCUGCUGGGAUACAGCGAGGCGCAUCCUCCCGCCGGUUAUAUUUAGCAGCCUGACAGCCACAGUGGUGUCAGUGCGGGGAUCAGAGCGAGCAAAUCCUCUGUGGUUUCGUAACAGCGACGUGCUGACAGCCAAUCAAAGGUGCUGUUGCUGUCGGGCAGGGCCGGGGUGAUAAUACUAAUGCCUCAGCAUCCUGUCACCACAAACAAACGUGAUUCAGAUGAUCAGGAUCAUUAUCAGGCUCCCGCAGAGCUUGCUAAUGAGCUGAUCAUCUAGGAUUGUGGCCCUCGAGGACUGGAGUUUGACACCUGUGGUUUCGAGGUGAUUAUUCUUUUUCUGCCACCCAAAAGAAGCCAGGUGCCAACUGCUAACAAGAAGAAAACGACACCAACAAGAUAGCCAUCAAUCAUAGACAUGAUUUCUUCUGAAUGUUGGAGAAUUUGAAAAUGUUGAAAAUCUGCAGGAUUUCAUAUCAAGAAUUAAAGGAUUGCAUAUUUA